GGAGUGUAUUAUUGACCAAUGACAGAAGCCUGUAAAAGAAGGCGGGCUUUCGAGUGUGGCAGCCAAUGACGUGUCACGUUUGUGAUACGUUACUUAGCAUUAGUUGCAUCCGGGUGAGCAUUUUGAGGUCUGCUCAGGUUUUUACUUUGAAGCUUGGCUAUCGGUCAUCAGGAUGUACGGAUUGUUUCGGCUGGUGUUGCAGUUGCUGUCGGCCCAGCUUCUCUGUGUGUGGGUGCUGGGCUCCGAGCUAACUUUCGAACUGCCAGACAACGCCAAGCAGUGUUUCUACGAGGACAUCAUCAUUGGCACCAAGUGUACACUUGAGUUUCAGGUGGUAACAGGUGGCCAUUAUGAUGUGGACUGCCGUUUGGAAGACCCAGAAGGCACUACGCUCUACAAGGAGAUGAAGAAGCAAUAUGAUAGCUUUACCUUCACAGCAGCCAAGAAUGGAACCUACAAGUUCUGUUUCAGCAAUGAGUUCUCCACUUUCACACACAAGACCGUUUACUUUGACUUCCAGGUCGGUGAUGACCCUCCACUCUUCCCCAAUGAGAACAGGGUCACUGCUCUCACUCAGAUGGAAUCAGCCUGUGUGUCUAUCCAUGAAGCUCUGAAGUCGGUCAUUGACUACCAGACGCACUUCCGCCUCCGUGAGGCCCAGGGACGCAGUAGGGCAGAGGACCUGAACACCCGUGUGGCUUUCUGGUCCAUCGGAGAGGCCCUUAUCCUUCUGGUGGUCAGCAUCAGUCAGGUGGUGCUGCUGAGGAGCUUCUUCUCUGACAAGAAAACCACUACAACACGCGUAGGAUCGUAACAGUCUUUGAGCCCCGGGAUCUGAUACAGCAUUUCCUUUUGUCUGUGUGCAUAGAGUAGGUUUGAAUAUCAGUGUUGAUCUGAAAUUAGAUCAUAUCAAACUGCUGAGUCAUACAAUCUGACAUGUCACCCUGAUUCAGCACUGGUAUUCUUACAAACAUUAUGCAAAUGAGUCUCGAGCUAAGUGGUUAUGUAUGUGUAAAAUGUAUUUGAGGGGUAAACAGAAAACCAGAAGAAAAGGAUUUCUCGCAUUGCUUAAAAGUAUCUGCAAGGGGGGGCAGUUUAAGGUCAUAAUUUAUAGUUGAAGCAAACUUUACAAAUGUGUUUUAAUUUUAUUUGUGUCUCUCUACCCCUGGCAUCUCAAAUGUUCCCCACCUCCACUAUUUCAUCUUUCAGCCAAAAGGGUGAACUGAAUUUACCAAGAGGGUUGAAUAUGUGACUAAACCUACUCAUAAUGUAAGGGUUAUGACUUUGUAUAUUUCUUUAUUUGCAGAGCAAAAAUAUUUCUAAAACCACAAUGGCAUGGCAAAGAGUGUUUCCCCAUAAAGGUUGCAUUUGGUUUUAAAAAUAUGUUGCUUUUUUCUUUAUUAAACCUCACUGUAUUCAGUGAGAAAGAGUAGAUAUUGUGUUGUGGUUUAUCAUCUUUGUCAUUUAAGAUGGGUUUGUGUUUGUUGUAUAGAGUGUAGCCAUCUUUUGGUUUGAUAUGAGCUUGAAACAGUUUGUGUUUGGGCCAGAUGAUUGAAUUUAAAGAUACACAUAAUUUCUCUUGAAUGACUGCAGACCCAAUUUUUAAACAAAAAACAUGUUUAUUGUUUUUUAGAUUUUGCAUUCUAUUUGCUUGAUUACACAUUUAGGCAAAGUCAUGUUUCAAUUUAACACAUCUAGGUGAAUGCUGUACUACAAAUGUUAUAAUUAUCUUGUGACUGUGGAAGGUGAAAAAGAAAUAACACAUUUUAAAAUGACACAUUUUGUGUGUGAAGUGAUAAUGCCAGCAAUUUGAAGUACACCAAUUUGUUAUAAGAAAUCCGUGUUCACUGGUUCCUUUGCAAUGUCAUAAAAUCAAGUUGUUCUGCCAUAUAUUGCUUCAAUAUAUGAUGAUUCGAGUCACUUUAAACUGUAUUUUUAAAUUAAGAUGUGAUUCCCUUACUGCCUACUCAUUGAUUUUCUAAAGGAACAUGGAAAAAGACUUGAACAGGUUAAAUCUAUGAUCAGGUCUUGUUCUGAACAUUUAAGCUGGCAGAAAGUCCUACAGAUGGUAUAGUAAGUGAAGGCUUAGUUAAAUCUGGUUGUGUGGCUUCAGCCAGGAAUCAUGUAAAAGUCGUGGGUCAUUCUUUUAUCUGAUUCAAACGCAAAACCUGGCAGACUGGCUGAGAGGCCUGAAGAAAACAAGGAAACAGGAAAUAAUUGAGUAUAUUGAGUCUUUUUAAACUCCACCUGCGAAGUACAAAAUAUCACCUGGCUAAAUAUAAUCACUGUUGUAAUAUGAGAUCAAUAUGAUCUUUAUGAUACAUUUGGUUGACUUUAAAACCUAAACCACUGAAAGAAACCAAGAAAAACUCAACACCAGAUAGGCUACAAGUGUUGUUUAACUGUCAGAACUGAUGCUCAAAACAUCUAUACAAUUGUAUUUUAUUCAUUUAAUAGUAUUGAUGAUCUGGUUAUCCUUUUUUGGUGUGCUCCCAUCAUAUGUUAAUCGUCGGUGUGGGUAGGUGUUGCAGUGCUGGCGUUUCAUUUUAAGGUUUAAGAACUGUAACGGCUCAUUUUGAACAACACAUUUUGUAAAUCAUUCUGGAAACUUAUUUUAAUUGGGAUGGCUGAAUAAACUUUAUUUUAAAAUGUC